UUCAUAACGAUCGAGGAUGUCAUAAAACAUGGUCACAUUCCCUUCGGGUUUACUGAACGCGUAGUGUACUUUUCAUAAAAAUCUCGGAAUAAAAGUGACGAUGUUAAAGUACAAAACAUUCGCUUAUCUGUAUUUAUUGUUUUAUUUGAUUCAUAAAGACGUUAUCGACGCGGUAAUAUGUGAUGUGGAAGAUACGUUGCAUGUCAGUAGAAAAAUUCGCCUGAAGAUUUACAAAGGUAACAGCUCUUACUUCUCAUCCACCGAGAGCAUGGUUAUGAAUCCAGGAAACAUUGCAGACGACAUAUUGCCUGACCGAGACAGUAUCCUUUAUAUACAUGGAUUCCUGGAGAAUACGGAAGCAGAGAACGUUCGGGUAAUAAUUAGAGCCUACCUGGACAAGGGAGACGUGAACGUCAUUGUACUGGAUUGGGGAGAAAUAGCAUUUAAUAUUAAUUACGUUUACGUGUCCAGCCAAGUUGUCACAAUAGCGAAGGCAGUUGCUGAAUCCCUAAAGAAACUCGUCGAUCUGAUCGAUUUAGACACGUUGCACGUGAUUGGGCAUUCUUUGGGCGCUCACAUAGCUGGAAAUAUCGGCAGAUACGCGAAUAUCAAUCUUAGUCGAAUAACGGGCUUAGAUCCAGCGCUUCCGUUGUUUUAUCCUUCUACGUGUCACGUCAGAUCAACCGACGCCGAAGCCGUUGUUAUCCUUCACACUGAUGGUGGAUUUUAUGGGACAGCUACCAACACGGGAACUAUUGACUUUUACGUAAACGGGGGCUCCAGUGUUCAACCUGGUUGUCCUAUAAUCUUCGGUGGAGAAUUCUGCAGCCAUCAAAGGUCUACCCGAAUAUAUGCGGAGUCUCUAUUGAAUCCGAAAGCGUUUCCGGCGCAUAAGUGUCUUAACGAAAUUGCGGAUACCGAGGAAGUCUAUUUUGGAGAUUCGACACCAAAGGACAUAUACGGAACAUACUGUUUCAAUACCAACGCCAAACCUCCGUAUGGCAAAACUAUUUAAAAUUUCCGUUCCUUAGUAUACGCGUAGCAGACAAGCGAGCAUAACCAUACGCAGUCUAUCUUAGGAUUGCAAAUUCAAAAAGGACUAUCUGACAACCCACGCUACUGUGUACUUCUCCAUUGCUAAUCAAUUGACGCUGCAUCGAGGGUUCUUUAACCCUAUUGUGUUCCACCAAGGAUACACACAUGGUUGAGUGUGCUCUAAGAAAUUUACUUCCACGAAAAUCUCUUAACAAUUUAUCAACGUUGUUUUCGCAUACGCAUAUACAGAGUGCCUAUGCUGCUAACAAGAAUUUCUUUUCAAUAACAAACAGAAACAGAAGGAGAAAAUAAUACAUGUCAUUACUAAUAUUGUUAUUAUUAAUAUUUAAUUUAACGGAUAUAUUUAUGAACAAAUAAAAGUGUCGUUAAUGUGAAAAGAUAAUAUCUUUAUCAUGUA